GAUUUCAGGUCUAAGCCUACCUCUUCCUCCCAAAAAAUUGAUUGGCAACAUGGAUCGUGAGUUCAUAGCUGAACGACAGAAAGGCCUUCAGAACUAUCUCAAUGUAAUCACCACAAAUCACAUCCUGUCCAAUUGUGAACUGGUGAAGAAAUUUUUAGACCCCAACAACUAUUCCGCAAAUUAUACCGAAAUUGCCUUGCAGCAGGUUUCGAUGUUCUUUCGAUCCGAACCAAAGUGGGAGGUCGUGGAACCACUGAGAGAUAUAGGUUGGAGGAUACGGAAGAGGUAUUUCUUAAUGAAGAUUAAGAACCAGCCAAAAGAGCGCCUCGUGCUAAGCUGGGCUGACCUUGGCCCUGACAAAUACCUGUCAGAUAAGGAUUUUCAAUGGAUCAUCAGACUCCUUCCUUCCUGUUUGCACCCAUACGUCUACCGAGUCACCUUCGCCACGGCCAGCGAAUCCUCCGCCUUGGUCAUUAGGACCUUUAAUGAAAAAGGAACACUGAAGGACCUCAUCUACAAGGCAAAACCAAAAGACCCGUUCCUGAAGAAAUACUGCAACCCUAAGAAGAUUCAGGGUCUUGAACUCCAGCAAAUAAAAACAUUUGGACGACAAAUAUUAGAGGCAUUAAAGUUCCUCCACGAAAAGGGAUUUCCUUACGGCCAUCUUCACUCUUCCAAUGUGAUGCUGGAGGGAGACACGUGCCAGUUGCUGGAUCUCGAGAAUUCCUUAUUGGGGCUCCCUUCCUUCUAUCGGUCCUAUUUCUCACAAUUUAGGAAAAUUAACACAUUAGAAAGUGUGGACGUCCACUGCUUCGGGCACUUACUUUAUGAAAUGACCUACGGUCGGCCCCCGGACUCAGUGCCAAUGGACACAUUCCCUCCUGCCCCAUCCGAGGCUGUGGUGGCUGUCCUAGAAGCCCUGCUGUCUCAGGAAGCCUGUAAGAACGGCAUGCCUACCGUCUCCCGCCUCUUACAGAUGCCGCUAUUCAGUGACGUUUUCUUAACCAGUUCAGAGAAGCCGCAGUUUAAGAUCCCCACGAAGUUAAAAGAGGCAUUGAAAAUCGCCAAAGAAUGCAUAGAGAAGAGGCUAAUUGAAGAGCAAAAACUGAUUCACCAGCAUCGCAGAUUGACAAAGGCUAAGUCCCACCACGGCUCUGAGGAAGAGAGGAGGAAACGGAAGAUCUUAGCCCGAAAGAAAUCAAAGCGCUCUGCAUUUGAAAGCAGUGAAGAUCAGACGGCCAAAUACAGCAACUCCAAUAAUUCAGCAGGAUCUGGGGCAAGUUCUCCACUGACGUCCCCAUCGUCUCCAACCCCGCCCUCGACGGCAGCUGUGUUGUGGGUAAAUAACAUCAGUCAAGGCGUGUCGGCAUUAUCGCCACCACCUGCACCUCCCCCUCCACCGGGGGCUCCACUGCCUCCCCCCAUGGACGCACCAACACCAUCGCUCUUUCCGCCUCCGUCUGUGAACGGUACCAGCCGAGGAGCCUUACUCAGCUCCAUUCAAAAUUUUCAGAAAGGUACUCUGAAGAAAGCCGACACCUGUGAUCACAGUGCCCCAAGGAUCUACUGAAGUUGACUGUUUACAGUUGGCUGCCAUCUUUAGUUUUUCCCUGUGACACCCCCCCUCCGUACUCCCACCCUUGCACGUAGAAUGACUGACGAGCCAGGAGGGCGGCACUGUGCAGAUGACCACCCAAGCAUCUUUUCAAGAGGGCAAUGAUGUGGCAAGGAGUUGGAGUGUGAAUGGCAACCUUGCUUUUGUCUCUGGGCAUCUUUGAGUCCUCAAUGGUUCUUUCUACCAACUGAAUUAGAAAGCAGGGCAACAGUGACAGUACUCUGAUCAUGGCAGCAAGUGCACUCUGUGUUGUGGCCCUGCCUUCCUCCAGAAAGAGAGCAACAGGGAAACCGAGGUGCAGUGAAUAUUGUCUGUCCCCAAGUACUUUCCAAGCUCUCAGAGAUGCCUUCCAUUUUGUUGAUUCAGCUUCAUCUCUGCUAUUUUCAUAAGAGCACUUGGCCCAAAGCACAGCCUGUGGCUGGGUUUAGAAGAUAACCUGAGCUUUUGAUUGGCCCAAAAAUAAUUUGGAAAAAGGUGGAUGUCUUCUGUGAGUUUUAGCAGGGACACUUCCUAGGAGUUGGGGUUGUUCAAACAGCCCCUCUAGACCCCAAAUUGCCACUUUCUAAUUAGAAUCUUUUGGAAAAGGGACAAGAGACAAAAUUAAUGGGAUUCAUCAGAUACGCUUCUAACAUUCUGCCCUGAAUCAGCUGAAGACAAGGCAGGGUUUCUUACAACACAAAUAAAUUUAACAUCUUUAAGAAAUGACCAUCUUGGAAAAACUGAACAUAAAUACAUCUUACAUAUUCUUAAUGUUACUGAUUUGAAAAGAUCCUUUAUUUUAUGAUUUGCUUAAACCUUUAAACAAAUUGCACUUUAAAGGAUUAUAGAUAAUCCAUUUUUGAAUUCAAGUAUACAUCAGUGUUUGUUACUAUGCAGAGAGAAUGUCAUUGUGUAUAGUUUCAUGUAACCUGUGAUAUAUAUUCAGUUGUAUUUUUUAUUAAAAUAAUAAACCAUGUCAAGGAAACUUGUCUACAUAGAUGAACUAGGUAUUUCAAGACACUAUACCUUAAGGAUUCUUGGAGACACCAUUUAGUAAAAGUGGAGAGAUUUGUACAGUAUUUUUUUCUAAAUUUUAGUUUUCCUUUUUCAUGUCCUAUUUUCUUGUCAUUUCUUUAUUAAUAAAAGCUAACUCCUAUUGUAAGCAAGA